AUGGCGUCCCAAGCCAAAGCCAAACUGGUUUCAGGAAUUUUGAGUACAUCGCAAAUUGUAAAUCUCAGCGACUUAGUCAAGUGUGUCAUCACCGCUCUUCCUGAAGAACUGUUCCUCUCGAGGGAGCCGGUCAAUCUCAAGAGUGACAAUGCAGAUGUAUUCAAAGGCCUUGAUCUCACUUUCUUGGGAUCCCGACAGCCGAAGAGAAUUUCUGAAGAGUUUGACUUUUCAUAUAAUCCCGAGAACGAUCCAUUUGAUCUAUUUCCUACGAUAGGACUCAGUGUCUCUGAGGAGAAAGGCGGACGACAUGCUGCUCAGGACCAGGAAGCCGAGUCGUAUCACAGAAGAGACGCAGUAUCGAACGAAAGAUUGCAAGUCAAUCAACAAAUACAACCACCUAUCAGUCAAGUGCAUGCCAUCGUCCUCCCAACCGAGCCACAUGCAGAAACUUCCGAAGCCGUUUUGGAAGGCCAGCCGGAUGACAUCAAACCAAUAGGAUCGAACAGAAGAUUGAAAGUUGAUGACCAAAUCCAACGAUCUAUCAACCAAGUUCGAGAGCCCAUAAGAACUGAAGUGGAUUCUGAAGGGUCCGAAAUCGCUUCGGGAGCCGAGUGGUAUGGCAGAAAACGAGUAGGAUCGAAUAAUACAAAAAGAUUGAAAGGUGAUCAGGGAAUCCGACAAGCCAUUGACCAAUUCCCGACCCUGGUGAGCACCGAGACGCAUGCUGAGAGCCCUGUUUCCAAGGCAGAACAAAUGAGAAAGCCGGAAAGAAAUCAUACCAGAAAGGUCAGUAGUCAAACCGGAAAAAGAAUGAAAGAUACCGAGAAAGAUCAUAAGUAUACCGCAAGAGACAGUAAAUAUACGACGGAUUAUGAUGCGCGAUACUUUAAAGGGAAAGACGAUUCGAUGCUUGUUCUUGUUCGUCGCGCGAAGGAAGCCCUUGACCACCAGACCAUUUCAGAAGCAACAGAAUUCGAAUUGUUCCGAGGACGGGUGAAUGAACAAUUCAAGGAGAUCGCUGGCUGGUACAAAAGCACAUCGCCAGAUAGGAUAUUUAAAAUUGGAGGCUUGGAAACCAUCAUACGCAAGCUCAGUAUUGCAUCGGAGGAUGGAGAACGAUGCUGCUAUCAUGUCAACAUCUGUCUGCCUCUGAGGAGCAUGUCUAAUCAUGGGCUUCCCAUUAAGCUCAAAAUCAACGCACUCUUGACGGCAUUAGAUCUUCUUCAUAACUUGGUCCGUCUCAAUGGAUUGGAUCGUAAGAUCUUGAGAACAACGGAACCCAAUCACAAAAGACUCUUUGAAUGGGUUUACGAUCUGAUCUUUGCGGAUACCCCAGAUCACCUCCCUCUCCUGGGCAAGUCCCAAGUCAAACUACCAAUAAAGACUGGCGACAAGGCUUUCAAUGAGGCUCAGAGGUUUUUACACGUCUAUUUGACCAAGCCAAAGCGGAUAGGUGAAUUUGCUGCUAGUAUAGCGGCACUCGAUCUUCUGGAACUUUGGUACAAAUCGCAGCUCUCAGAACUUGAAAAAUCUACCUUCUCCUCACAGGAGUAUAAGAAAUUUCUUUUCAGAGCAGUGCAAAGAUAUGUUCGCAGUUGA